AUGGAAUUGCCCCAACUAUUUCAACAUUUCAACUUCAUCGGCGUCCCGACAAGCCUCUUUCUCAUGAAUUGGCUGCAAACGCUGUUCCUCCAAGUGCUUCCGCUGGAAGUCGCGUCGCGGGUGUUUGACAACUUUUUGCUGGACGGCGUCCUGUUUCUUUUUCGCACGGCGCUGGCCAUCCUGACGCUGCUGGGUCCGACCCUAUUGGAAUACGACUUGGACGUUGCGCUGCCGCUGCUCCAACGACACUACCAGCAUCAGAGCCGAUGGUUCGAGGCCCUGGCCGAAGACAAACUGUUUGCCACAAUCGCGGCAAUCCAUACCCCGUCGCACGUGUACAUGGGCGUCGAAACGUUGGUGCAAAAUGUUUAUUUUUACCUCCCCGGGACAGCGUCGGCGGCGUAUCCGCAGCAAAAAGUCAGGCGGUCGCGGUAUGCCCUGA